GAUGAGCUUCGUAAGGUGUUAGCCUGGUGCUCACUGUGGAUCAACUCGAACUUAUUCGCCGCGUUUUAACAUCGUGACCGCGCUAUAUAAUCAUUUGCAAGCUUUUGUCCCAUUUGUUGUGCAAAAGGGUCGUCUAUCAUUUCGAUAUAUCUAUGUUAAAACGAUAGACGAUGACAGUUUAUGCUAAACGAUAGAUGAACAUGUAGAUGGUGGACGAUGAACGAUUGACGAUAGACGUCAGGUUGUAGAAGAUGAUAGUGUUGGACGAUACAUGAUAUAUGAUACAAUAACAUAAUAACUAAGAGAUGAUAGGCGGUGGGCGGAACGAUUGGUGAUUAGUUAUAAAUCUGGUUGCAAAAUCGUAACAAAGAUCGACCGUCCUGACCUAACCUUGAAGUAAACUCAACAUGGUUACUCCCCAAACUCCAGGUAUAGACCCUUGGGUAAUACAACCUAGAGAAAGAAUGAGAUACCAAGAGCAGUUUGAUUCUUUGAAACCAAGUAAUGGAAUUGUUACCGGAGAACAAGCUAAAGGAUUUCUUCUUCGAUCCCAACUUCAACCUGCUAUUCUUGGACAGAUAUGGGCAUUAUCGGAUACAGAUGCUGAUGGAAAAAUGGAUAUAAAUGAGUUCAGCAUUGCGUGCAAGUUAAUUAAUUUGAAAUUACGUGGUUUUGAAAUUCCUAAAACAUUACCACCUGUUCUUAUACAAAGUUUGAAAUCUUUUUCAACUGGUGAUACCAGUCUGACUGGUUUGACAAAUGGAUCAAAUGUUUCGUCUCCGAAUAACAUCGGUUCUUUAGUGAAUUUAAGUGGACAUCAGGCAAUGGUAUCUCAAACUGUAGCAAACGUAGUAUCUGCACCUGGAAGUACAUCGCAUCCCCUUAUAGCAUUACAACAAAGUAGACAGAAUGUUGCUGCGAUACACGCCACAAUUCAUACACCGUCAAAGCCACCUGCUCGACCUGUGCCACCUUCUGUGGGAGUCGCGUCUUCUCUGAAUACCGCAAGUGGUCCCCCGCAAAGGCCUGCACCACCUGCAAAUAUCGGAAGUAACUUUACACCCGCGACAAGUGGUCACCCGCCACCAAAACCAGCACCACCUUCGUUUCCAAACAGUCCUGUUGCAACAGGGAUUUCGCCGAUAAAAGUUUCAUCUUCCGUUGCUGGUGCGUCAGUAGCUUCUUCGGUUCCAUCUGUAUCUGCUUCUACUGUGGGUAUUCCAACGGUAGCAUCAAUUGCUUCUUUAAACACAAAUCCUAUAUCAAUGACUGCCUUCAAUAUGGCACAAGCAUUACCGACACAACCAUUGUGUACGGGUGUGGUUGCUCCUAUGAGCGGAACUCAUACCGUUAUGCCAACCAUUGGAUCAAUAAAUACUGGCACUGGAGUUGCUACAUCAGUAACAUUACCAUUAGCAUCCUCGACAACUGCAAAUAACGGCACACUGGUUAAUGGCGCUAUUACGCAAACGCCGGUAUCUACAAAUACUCCGUUAAGCACAACAGCACGUCCACCGAGUAUAGAUAGAGUAGGCUCAAUGGAUUCACAGCAUAGCCAACACUCUGUCGGUUCCCCACAAUCCACAGAGUGGGCGGUACCACAUCAAACCAAACUAAAAUAUACUCAAUUAUUUAAUACUUGGGACAGAACUAGAUCUGGCUUUUUGUCCGGACCUCAAGCAAGAAACAUUAUGGUGCAGUCGCAAUUACCGCAGUCUAUACUCGCUCAAAUAUGGGCUCUAGCUGACAUGGAUUCGGAUGGACGUUUAGGUUCCGAAGAAUUUGUACUUGCGAUGCACCUUUGUGAUGUCGCUAAAGCAGGUGAAAAAAUACUUCCAACGCUCCCGCCAGAACUCAUUCCACCUACAUUUAGACGGCAGCGUCAAAGCAGUUUAACGCUGUCCCAAAACGCGACAGAGAACAUUGAUCCGUUAGCAGGCAUGCCACAGACUUCAUUUGAAGAUAAGCGUAAGGAGAAUUUUGAGAAAGGUCAGGCAGAAUUAGAACGCAGACGUAAGGCGUUAUUAGAGAUUCAGCGAAAAGAACAAGAAGAGCGAGAACGAAAAGAGAGGGAAGAGGCCGAGAAACAAGAGAAAAUAAGACUGGAGCAGGAAAGACGAAGACAAGCAGAAAUCGAGAAACAAAUGUUGAGGCAAAAAGAAAUUGAACAGGAAAAGGAAGAACAACGAAAACGCGCACAAGAACAAAGAGAAGCAGCACGGAAGGAAAUGGAAAGACAACGACAAUUAGAAUGGGAACGACAAAAAUCGCAAGAGUUACAAGCUCAAAGACAAAAAGAACAAGAUGUUCUCCUCAAGUUAAAAGCAAAGAAUCAGACCUUGACCAUUGAACUCGGAACACUUAAUGAUAAGGUGAAAGAAUUGUCGCAAAAGAUUUGCGAUACUCGGGUAGGAGUCUCAGGUGUUAAGACAACUAUCGACGGCAUGAGAUCAACGCGGGAUACGCAAUUACAAGAAAUGGCCACUUUGAAAAAUAAACUUCGAGAACAAAAUCAGAGAUUGUUAGCGUUGAGUCAAGAAAAAGCACGCAUUGAAGCAAAAAAUAAGAUCAAUUCAGCUCAAGAUGCCGCUGGGCAAGAGGCUAUUAAAAUGGCAUUCGACAAUAAGCAAAUUACUCUUAAGCAAAUGAAAGAUAAGAUUUUAGAUUUGCAGCAACAGAUCGAUUCGAAAAUGUCUGACAUUGAAAAUAAUAAUGCUCAACUCGAAGACAUUAAGACGCAAAUGAAAAAUCUAAUAGUAGAUUGUAAACAGCUAUAUAUUACUUUCGACGAAAAGAAGAGAAAAGUGGUCGAACUCAGGGCAAGCAGCGGUAGCGUUUCGUCCGCCGAUUUUGCUACAUCCGCUUGGGGUGAUAGCGCUUGGAAUGAUGCGCCCACUGCAGCCAGUGACGACACAGCUUGGCCCGCCAAUGACACUGCUUUAGCGACAAAUGCCGUGGAUGAAACUGCUAUCACUGGUGUCGCCAAAUACAGAGCUCUUUAUGAAUUCGUAGCACGAAACCAAGACGAAAUUUCGUUUCAACCUGGUGAUAUUAUACUGGUACCACCUGUGCAAAACGCCGAGCCAGGAUGGAUGGCGGGGGAAAUACGCGGUCACACCGGUUGGUUUCCUGAAUCCUAUGUGGAGCCAGUUGAUGGUGGUGCUGCAGUUGUUUCUGACAACGAACGCGCUUUCAUACAGCAAGACAGUGUAGAGAAGAGAACAUUAGAGGGUAUAGCGGAAGUUCCAGAAAACGUAUCCGAUGCAGGAUCCUUAGCGGGCGAAGCUCCAGUAGUGGAAGCCAUUGUACCCACUUUAGGAUUAGGCACAUCUUGUGACAUACAAGCCGUUGCUUUGUUUCAAUAUCGACCUACCAUGGAACAACACCUUUGCUUUGAGAAAGGAGAGACUAUUCAUGUUUUCGAGCAGCAGAGUGAAUGGUGGUAUGGUUCAACCAAUACUGAAAACAAGGGUUGGUUCCCCAAGUCGUAUGUUAAAGAGACAAGUACGAGCAACAAAGAUACUGUAUCAUAUGAAUCGGCUGAUGGCCUUAAUGAAUAUUACGUUGCACUUUACCGAUACGCAUCGACAGAAACUGGCGAUCUUAACUUUAAUCAAGGAGAAGUUGUAUUGGUUACAAAAAAGGAAGGAGAUUGGUGGACUGGUUGUAUAGGGGAUAAAACUGGAAUUUUUCCGUCUAAUUAUGUAGAAAAGUGUGACGCUCCUCAUGAGGUGGUUACAUCUCUGCCUGCUAAUAUUGAUGACUCCAGUGCUAUUGCUGCUGCAUCUAUGGAAAUAAAGAGCAUAGAUUAUGAAAUUGUUACUCCAGCAACUGCAGGAUCUGUACAGGUAGAAAAAACAGUGGAACAGCUAGAAGAUGAGAGAGCAGCAGCUGAGGAUAGAGAAGAAUUACCUGAUUUUACUGCUAUGGCUGCUCAACAGUAUCAUAAGAGAGGAAGAAAACCAGAAAUUGUUCAAGUUAUUGCACCUUAUCAAGCAACUAGCGGAGAACAAUUGGACUUGCAAAGAGGGCAAUUGAUAAUGAUUCGUAAAAAAACUGACAGUGGAUGGUGGGAAGGAGAGCUCCAGGCACGUGGUAAAAAAAGACAGAUUGGUUGGUUUCCAGCAACUUAUGUAAAACUUUUAACUAGUAGUAGUAAUAGAAGUACACCUGUCUCUCAUGGAUAUCAAGAUUCUCCAACGGACCCAAAUAUUGAACGUGUUAUGGCUCUAUAUCCUUAUCAAGCACAAAAUGAAGACGAAUUAAGCUUCGAAAAAGGUGACGUUAUAUCCGUACUCAGUAAGGAAGAGACUGCAUGGUGGAGAGGCGAGUUGAAUGGCGUAUCUGGCGUCUUCCCGAGCAACUACGUAUCAUCUAUGUCGAAUGAAUCGGUGAUCGAUACAGUGAUAUGUCACGAUCCUAUGGAAAAGAAACGCCAGGAACAUAUUAAAGAGCUGAUUGUGACUGAACAGGCCUACAUAGAAGAUAUGAGGCUAGUGCAUGAGGUUUUCGAGAAACCGUUAAUCGAGAGUCUAGUCUUGAGCGUCGACGAAAUAGAAAAAAUAUUUAUUAAUUGGAGAGAUAUUAUCGCGUGUAACGACAACUUUUUAAGGACUUUAAGAAUAAGAAGAGAUAAUAGCUAUACUGGAAUAGUUAGAAUGAUUGGAGAUAUACUGUGUGAAAAUAUACCUAGGAUGUCAGCUUACAUAAGAUUUUGUAGCUGUCAAAUAUCUGCCGCUAUGUAUCUGCAACGUUUAACGGAAACUUCGCCGGAAUUUGUUCAAGUUGCGCACGCGUGUCAACAAGAUCCACGAACAAAGGGAAUGCCAUUAAGUUCAUUUUUAAUUAAGCCGAUGCAAAGAAUAACCAAGUAUCCACUUAUAAUUGGCAAGAUCUUAGAAUAUACUCCGAUUGAUCACCCCGAUAGGCAAUAUCUUCAAGAAGCAUUGGCAAAAUCCGAGGAAUUUUGUACUCAGGUAAAUGAAGGAGUAAGAGAGAAAGAAAAUAGUGACAGGUUGGAAUGGUUGCAAACGCACAUAGUAUGUGAUGGUCUCGAAGAGCAACUUGUUUUCAAUUCCUUAACUAACUCAUUAGGUCCACGGAAACUUGUACAUUACGGUAUACUUCAUAAGUCAAAGAGUGGCAAAGAACUCGUUGGCUUUCUUACAAAUGAUUUCCUGCUGUUUGCCCAACCAGUGAAAUUUUCGUUGUCAAACUGUCAGCAAUUUUCAUUUGAACGCAACAAACAUAAAAAAUUUAAGAUGUAUAGAAAGCCAAUAUUUCUCAACGAAUUGUCUGUGCUCGGAGAAAGCGAAGGAAACGAAAACAGUAGUAGCCUAAGCGGAAAUAACGUAGCUGACAAUUCAUCGAAAACUCUAAGACUGAAAGACCUAAAGAAGCUAAUAAUAUUAUUAGCACCGUCUUCGAACGAGUGCUCAUUGUGGAUGAGACGAAUCGUAGAGGCGCGUAAAAAAUUUUUAGAAAACGAAAAGAAUUGCCUGCAGAGACAACGAUCGAAGCAGGCGCAAUUUGGGGCGUGCGGCAGAAUUCUUGUUACUGUGCUCGAGGGUUUCAACUUGAAAGCCCCAUCCGUUCGCAGGAGAACUCCCGAAGGUAGACUGCGACUAGUAGUUGUGGAAGCUGAAGAUCUUACCUAUGGCAGAAAAGGAAAAUUUAAUACAUUUUGCAAAGUGUCUAUGGGUUCUCAAGAGGAAAGAACCGGUGUCGUAUCUGGAAGUAAUUGUCCUUUAUGGGAUGCGUCGAUGCAAUUCCAAGUGAAAGAUUUACUCGAAGAUACUCUUUGCAUUACAGUGUUCGAUAAAGGGUAUUACAGCCCUGACGAGUUUCUUGGUCGCGCCGAGGUCAGAGUGGCUGACAUAAUGAGAGAUAGCAAGGAUUCCUGUGGACCGAUCCAAAAGAGGAUAAAGUUACGCGAAGUCGAAAGCGGCGAUGUCGUUCUCAAGCUUGAUCUUCGGCUAUUUGGUAACAGAUGAAACAUAUAGUGCGAAUAUCCAAUUGUGCGUAUUUACAUAAAAGGUACAAAGUUUAUGAGGAAGUGAUGUGUGUGUGUGUGUGUGUGUGUGAGAGAGAGAGAGAGAGAGAGAGGGAGAGAGAAAGAGGGGAUGGGAGAAAGAGAAGAGAUGGCGAAAAGUUAAUUCUGUCAUUCUUAUAUUUUUUUUUAGAAAAGAAAUUUGAACAUGUGUGGCGUAUAAUCAUAAUUUAAUUCUGAUACGCAUGUACAUGAUAUAUGAAAAUGCAUAAGAAACGCAUUUGUGAUAUAACAUAGAUGAUAAUUUGAUCGAUAUGAUAUGCGAUUGAUUUAUAUUGAAGACUAUUGCAAUCAUUCUUUUGCGAACUUUUUUUACAAUCUACCUCGAUAUGAGUAAGAGAGAUUGUGCAUUUACGUAAAUAACCUUAUUUAUUCUGAUUUUUUAAUUUUUUCAAUAAGAAAAAAUACAUCGAAUAUAUAAAUUACACUAUUAUUACAUGUCAAAAGUAUCGUUUACAAGGCAUUAUCGAUUUCUUUUAUAAAUCGUAUUAUGCGCACAUUGCACUAUUCUUUCUCUGUUACUACAUUGACAAUUGUGGACGGUACUAUCCGUACGGUAGACUUUAAUAGAUAAUAUAAAUUAAUUACAAUAUAUAUAUAUAUAUAUAUAUAUAUAUAUAUAUAUAUAUCUGUUUAUUACGCAACAUUCGUCGCGAUAUAACAAACAGAAUACUAAGACAUAACAUUGCUCAAAGACAAUUUCUAUUUUCCUUUUGAGAAAUUCGAAAGACUUUAAAGCCCAUUUUGCAAAAGCCGCAAGAGUAUGCAGUAAGAUGUAAGCAGGAAGCAAAUUGAUCAAUGGAAUUUUUACAGUCCAAGAAUAAUGGAUUGCGGAUGGUCAAUUUGCUUAUUGCGUACUUUUUAUAGCAUACUAUUACGGCUAUUCAAGAAUGAGCUUAAGGUUCCUUGUUCCACUGUUGCGGAAUCCUGAAUCGAUGAGGUCAGAAGUGAAAAAAACGCAUGCCAAAAAUUCUUGCGCGCUAUUUUAAAAACGCUAUUAUAAAAACAUAUUUGCAUGAAAUAAUACUUCAAAUCGCUUAAGCAUACUUGUUACACAGCAGAAUAAAUGCUCUUUUUACCUUGACAAUCAGUAAAUAGUCUUAAAAUUAGAGUCAUAUGCAAUCCCUUUAGAUUAUCUUAUGAUUUUGCCACAUUAAUUUUAAAGCUAUUUAUUGAUUGUCCAAGGAUAAGGAUAGUUUUCAGAGCAUUUUAUAAGUACGUUUAAGCGGUGUGAAAUGUUUUUCCAUAUAAAAUAAAUAUAUUUUCAUAUUUAAAAAUAGUACGUAGGAUAACUUUUGCCAUACGUUUCCUUGUUUCUGAUUCCUUGUUAUUAAUUUAGGGUUUCGCAGUAAUGAGAUUUUAAAAAUCUUAAAUUCAAAAUAUUUUCCCGGUUAAUGUAGUAUUUAGCAACUAUGAAAAAAUAACUCUCAUUGUGGACGAAAUCCGCAAGUUGCCCGAAAGAUGAGGCAAUGUUAUUAUGUUACUACCGGAGAACGGCUAUUAUUUUAAUGAUUAAAUUUAUUGUUGACUUUUUGAAAAUAUGAAUUGUCUUUGAGUACUUCUAAUAGGAAUGGACGGUACAGUCUUUUAUUGUUUGAGUUAACUGUGUCACGGGAAUAUAUCGUUUCGUCAGGCAACGUACAAAAACAUAUGGUUUUCAUUCUUCGCUGCACCUGCACGUUUCGUUAUCUUCAUCGUCCGAGUUUUUGUUUACACGACAAGAAUAAUAAGAAACGCGAGUAAAAUCCGAAGCGAAAUGUUCAAUCUUUUACAGAAUAAAGUUAUCUUUCAUCA